AUGACGUGCCUAUUAGAUAUGGAUAGAAAUUAUUCCAAACUGGCGCAAUUAAAACAUAAAUUUUCUGCUGAAAAUGUAUCUGUAAAUGAUGUAAAAACGUUUCUCAAGACUGGCUUGGAUGUAAACUAUACUUUGCCGUUCAAUUAUCAAAAUCAGCAUCCUGCAGACCAAUAUUCAGGUAAUACAGCAUUACACUUUGCUGUAAUGAUUCUAAAAGCCAAGGAUCGUAAUCCCAUUUUGAAGCUGCUUAUUACUCAAGGUGCUAAUUUCAUGUGCCAAAACCGCAACGGCUUUACACCAUUGCGUUUAGCUUUCGAAAUACACAAAACAUCGAAAAUGUUGGGAGACAAUAAGAAUACCUUAAAUAUUUUACUAUCUGCUCACCUUAAUUUUAAUAUUGUGGUGAAUCCACGUUGUCCUAAUGGAAUAUCUCACUUGCACAUUGCGUGUGUGUCGAACAAUUUUGACAUUGUGGAGUUUUUUUUAAAAGCUGGUGAACCAAUCAAUGAAGCUAUUAAUGCUGAUUCGCCCAUCUACCCUGGGUACACGCUUUUACACUUGGCAAUGGGUAAUGAAGACAAAAAAAUGGUUCAAUUACUUUUGCAACAUGGUGCUGACCCUUAUCGCUUAAAUGCCAAAGGAAUGAGUCCUAUGCAUCUAAUCAUAGAAAAGCAUAUCAAUGAUACUGCGUUAACUGGAAAAUUGUGUGACAAGAAACUCGUGGGCAACGAAAAUAUACUAAAUUUAUUAAGCCCUGUUGAAAAUAGCAUAAACCUGUCAGAUUGUGUUGGCUUGUCUCUAUUUCAUAUAUACUGUAUGAAGAAACACAGCUUUAAGGCUGAAGAGUGGGAAAUUUUUUUUAUGAAUGGCAUUGAUCUUACUUUUACUGUAAAUUUUGACUCUCCAAUAUGUCCUGGCUAUACGGCACUGCACUUUGCUGCCAAUUGCAAUUUCCAAACAGUGAUGCUACUUUUAGAAAGAGGAGCCGAUCUUCUGGCCAAAGAUACAUAUGGUGUUACUCCAUUUGAUUUGUGUCUAAAAAAGUUUAGGCCUUCCGAUAUAGGUGUCAUUUUACAAACCCAGAACCAACUGAAAUCUGUUAGAUUUCAAAAUAACGAAUUUUUAUCUGAUGUUUUGGCUAACUUUGACUCCGUGUCAAAGUUGGAAGAGUACCUGAAAACUGUGAAUGUGAAUAAUGCUAUUCUCAUGAAUUCAUGUUUUUGGCCAGGUUUUACAUACCUUCAUUUGGCCGUGAUAUUUUCACCAGGCAUGGACAGAUUUAGAAUCGGCAUGUGUUUGAAAUACGGUGCCGACAUCACUAUUCAAGACGCUAACAGCAUGACUGCUCUACACCUUGCAUUUCGUAUGAACAGAAAAAGAUGUGUCACUGACAUUCUGGUAUACCACGGCAAUGUUGCUGUCAAUCCAGUGGAUAAUAACAGUUUAUCUCACUUUCACAUAUCUUGCACGGCCAAUAGUAUGACCAUACCUAAACUGUUUUUGGCCCAUGGUCAGGAUCCCAAUCUACCCACACAAGCGGAUUCAUCCUUGCAAUUCAUUCUGAGCCUGAAUAGAAUGAGCGAAGCAACAAUACCUCCUGGCUCGACAGCUCUUCACAUUGCAGUAACUACAGAGGCAAAAGGAUUCAUCAAAGUGCUCAUUAAUCAUGGUGCUGAUCCCAAUAUCGUUGACGCUAAUGGCUUCACUUGGGUGCACCGAGCAUUCGUGAGUGAGAAAUUUGACAAGUUCAAAUCACUACUAUGGUUUCCAAGUAAAGAACCUACAGGAAAUCUUGUAGCACCAGGAGGACUGUCUUAUCUACAUAUUGCCUGUUAUGCUGAUAAUUUAACAGCAGUCGAAAAACUGCUAUCCCUUACAGCUAAUAUCAACGAACCAUUAAAUAGUGAUUUAAUGAGGUACAUAAAAACUCUCCCCGAAUCCAUAUGCAUAGGAGACACACCACUUCAUUUGGCUGUCAAAGCAUCGUCUGAGACGAUAGUCAGCUUACUCUUAAAGCAUGGUGCAAGCAUAGAAGCAAAAAAUGCCAAAGGCAUGAAUCCCCUACAUGUCGCCCUACUGAUGUCAAGUAGUCAACCACUAAUCAAAUAUUUAGCUAUGGAAUUCAACCACAAGAGCACAUGGAUUGACGAUAGCACUGGCUUGACGCGAUUACAUGUCGCAUGUGCCCUGGAUGACGUUGUUUUUAUAAAGAGUUCACUGGAUUAUGGAGAAGAUAUUCACAGUCGGAUGAAUCAAAACUCACCGUUAUGGCCCAAUUAUACUCCGCUCAACGUUCUAAUAAGGAAUGGAUACCCAGAGAAUGAUCACGCAGUCAAAUUAUUGCUUGAAUACUACUUGAAAAAAUAUGAAUAUUCUAUUCAAAUCGACCAAGGUCUACAUGGAUUGGCCAAACGUCAAAAGAUGUCUCAUCCGUUACAAAAUCAGUAUCUCUUUGUCAACGUUGAAGGACUUUCAGCUUUCCAUGUUAGCUGUAUGGGAAAUGACAUUAGUAUCAUUCAAAAGUUUUUACAGUAUGGUGCCGAUAUUAAUUUGCCCAAAGAUUACUUUUCUUCCUCUGAUGCUGGUUUUACUCCGCUACAUUUUGCGGUGGAGCAUGGCAGAAAAAAUGUGAUAGAAAUUUUGUCGAGAUACGGUGCUAACUUUUAUCUUGAAAACUCAAAUGGCCAUAAUCCCAUAUUUUUAGCUGUUCUCAAGUGUUUAAGCUCGAUUGAAACAUUUACCAGUGGAUACGAAGUUGAUCUCAGUAUGAAGAACUCAUUUGGACAGUCAAUCAUGGACGUAUUUCUUGAAAAUAAAACCGCUACGAGCUCCACUCUUAAACAAGCUGUUGAAAAUAUUCCAAAAUUAGCCAAUGUUGAUGGCAAUCGUCGCAAUGUCAUUCACCAUCUUGUUUUGCCUUUCGAGUAUGAUUACACGGAAAUAAAAACAACUGAAUUUAUCCGUAAUGUCGAGUUGUUGUUAAUAAAUGGAUGUGAACUCGAUCUUCAAGACAAACACGGAAGAACGCCUCUUCAUUACUCGGUACUUUCGUCAAAGCCUAAAAAAAUAGAGUCACUUUUAUUAAUAGGUGCAGAUAUAAAUGUUAUUGAUAUCAAUGGAGAAACCCCAUACAUGUAUUGUUUCAAAGUUGGCAACUAUGUGCCAGAAGAAGUAUGUGAACUAUUUCAUAACUACGUGGACAAAAUUAAAGCUGCUGGCUUAUAUCUUCAUCCUCUAAAUGAAGAGUGUUAUAAGACAAACGCCCUUAUAUGUAAAAGAGCCAUAUAUGAAGGAAUGUUGGAAAAAAUGAACAUAAAAGUUAGCUCAUUUCAUACCGUACGUUACCUUCUAACAGAAAAAGUAGUCAUGACUUUCAUUCAAAAAACUUAUAAUGAGCGUCAACUAAUACUCAAAUGUCUGGAAUAUGAAAUUUUACACAAACAAUUUCCAAUGUGGUCACCACUGUUCAAACUGCAGCACAGGAAAAUUUUGCAAAAAUUAAAGCAACUUGAACCUGUGACCCAAGCUAUGUUGAAUCUUGUAAAUCCGUACCUGACUGAGAAGUGUAUAAAAUUUAUUCUUGCUCAAUUAAAUGAAGAAGAUUGGAAAAAUUUGAUAUGUGCUAGUAAAAUGAAAUAA